GUUGACGUCACGCAAACAAGACUCUGAAACCGGAAGAGGAAAUCACACCGUUAUCUGUGGAUGUUUAUUACAAAUGGAAAGCAACAAAAAAAUAUAUAUUUAAAAAGAAUGAAUCCUCCAAUUAUCAACUCUACUAAUUCGGUGACAACUUCUACUAAAAGAAAGCGAGAGGCCGAGCGCUCCGUCAACUGGACAGUGGAAGAGACCCAGGUGUUGCUGUGUGCCUGGAGUGACGAGCGAGUGCAGAAGAGCCUGGCGGAGAAUGUCCGUAACCGCCAUGUUUUCAAACACCUCUCAGCCCGCAUGUGUGACUUGGGCUUCUCACGCAGCCCUCACCAGUGCCGGCUCCGCGUCAAGACCCUCAAGGCCAACUAUGUCAGAGCCAAGCUGCUGAUGAGCGUGGAUGACUCCCAACCCUGCAGUUUCAGGUACUACUCUGAGAUGGAUGCUGUGCUGGGGAGAAAUCGCGCUAUGGAAGGGACUGGAGGAGGGCGGCAUUUUGGAUCUCCUGAAGGCAUAGGAGGAUUAUUAGGAGGGUGCCAUUUUGGGUCUGAAUUGAUCGCAGAAACAGGGCGCUAUUUGGGAUCUGAAGGGAUUGGAAGACUAGGAGGAGGAUGCAAUUUUGUAUCUCCUGAGGGGACGGCAGGACGGAAGUCACGGUAUAUGGUGUCUGAGAUGAAGGUGGAGGAGGACAGGGAGGCAGACGACACAGACGACUACGAGUUCAACGAUGUAGGAAUCAUCACUCGGUCACUGGUUGGCCCGGGUGGAAGACGCCAUGAUGCUUUUCUAGAGCACAGCAACGACUAUCAUGAACCUGCUGUUCAUCCAUUGGAGGAUGACCGCAGCUCCAGGUCAACACCGCCACCACCCCAGCCUGCUUGCCAUUUUUCUCCACCCCCAGACCAUAGCCCCAACUUGGGCAGUGGUAUCACCAUUCCCUCCGCCCAGCCCCUAGAGCCUGUGUUGAAGCACUUGGCAGACUGCUUCCAGAGGCUGGUCUCAGAGUUCCGGGGUCUGAUGGUACAGCUGGAGGGCCAGAGGCAGGAGCAGGUUCGCUGGCAGCAGGACUUGCUCUCUCAGUGGCUGGAGAAAGAGGAGAUGAGGCAGAGGGAGGCAGCGGACAGGGAGGACCGGAGGGAGAAGGCCCGUAUGGCGCAUGAGAUCAGGGUACUGACGCUCCUCAGUGGCCUGGCCCAGAACCAGCAGAGACAGAAGCAGACACCACAUCACAGCUGCAGCUGUUGCCACCAGUGUAGCAGGGUGGAGGCGGUAGGUGGGGCUGUUCCCGGGGCCUCGACCAUCACCAGACAUGAUGAUGGAACCGAGGACAGAGACCAGAUGGAAUCAGAGGCCUUAUAGAAGAAAGGGUUGGAUACAGACCUGGUGUGUGUGUGUGUGUGUGUGUGUGUGUGUGUGUGUGUGUGUGUGUGUGUGUGUGUGUGUGUGUGUGUGUGUGUGGCCUACAUGAAAUAAAUGGUUUUUUUUUUGCUAAUUGUUUUUUGGGUUAAUUGUUUAAUGAAUUAACUCUGACAUUAAGGGUUCAGUGGUCUGAGUGAAACAACUGAAAUUCAGUAUUAUUCUCUCAACUUUUUUUUUUUUUUUUACAAGACAUUUUUAUCGGUGAAGGUGUUCGAUUUGGUUCUCUUCAUCUGGUGUACAGAAACUCAUCUGUUCUGUUUACUUUGCUGACAGUUUUGGUUUCGUUUGAUGCCUAAUGAACACACCCCAAGUAUGUAUGGGUGUUCCUGUUGAAAAGGUCUAUUGGUCUUCUCAGAAGCCCUGUUUUAGGAAGUCACCGUCGUCAUCAUCGUUAGGGCUACUGUCAACAUCAUCAGGGCUACUGUCAACAUCAUCAUCAGGGCUACUGUCAACAUCAUCACCAGGGCUACUGUCAACAUCAUCACCAGGGCUACUGUCAACAUCAUCAUCAGGGCUACUGUCAACAUCAUCAUCGGGGCUACUGUCAACAUCAUCAUCAUCGGGGCUACUGUCAACAUCAUCAUCAUCAGGGCUACUGUCAACAUCAUCAUCAUCAGGGCUACUGUCAACAUCAUCAUCAUCAGGGCUACUGUCAACAUCAUCAUCAUCAGGGCUACUGUCAACAUCAUCAUCAUCAGGGCUACUGUCAACAUCAUCAUCAGGGCUACUGUCAACAUCAUCAUCAUCAGGGCUACUGUCAACAUCAUCAUCAUCAGGGCUACUGUCAACAUCAUCAUCAUCAUCAGGGUAACUGUCAACAUCAUCAUCAUCAGGGCUACUGUCAACAUCAUCAUCAGGGCUACUGUCAACAUCAUCAUCAGGGCUACUGUCAACAUCAUCACCAGGGCUACUGUCAACAUCAUCAUCAUCAGGGCUACUGUCAACAUCAUCAUCAGGGCUACUGUCAACGUCAGGGCUACUGUCAACAUCAUCAGGGCUACUGUCAACGUCAUCAUCAUCAGGGCUACUGUCAACGUCAUCAUCAGGGCUACUGUCAACGUCAUCGUCAGGGCUACUGUCAACAUCAUCGUCAGGGCUACUGUCAACAUCAUCAUCAGGGCUACUGUCAACGUCAGGGCUACUGUCAACAUCAUCAGGGCUACUGUCAACGUCAUCAUCAUCAGGGCUACUGUCAACGUCAUCAUCAGGGCUACUGUCAACGUCAUCAUCAGGGCUACUGUCAACGUCAUCAUCAGGGCUACUGUCAACAUCAUCAUCAUCGGGGCUACUGCAGCAUUUCUCAUGGUAAAUAGACAUGUUGGUGGCUAGUUGGUGGGUGUGAGGGGAGGUUAGCUAUUUACUACAGGGCUGCCAAGAAUGAAAUGUUGGAGGGUUGAGGUCAACUCACUGUCAACUCGGGCACUCCGGGAGAUGUAUUGAUUUAAAUAGGGAAGUUAGUUCAUUUUCAAUGACGGUCUAGUCAUUGAACAGUGGGGUUAACUGCCUGUUCAGGGGCAGAGUGACAGAUUUGUACCUUGUCAGCUCAGGGGAUUCGAACUUGCAACCUUUCGGUUACUAGUCCAACACUCUAACCACUAGGCUACCCUGCUGCACUGCCACAAAAUCACAAGAGAUUUGACUGAUCUUGUAUUUUUUUUAACUGAGUGUUUUCCUAUUUGUCCUGAAUUAUUCAUAUUAAAAAGUGACAUUCCAGUC